CACUGACAACUUCAAAGCAAAAUGAAGUUCGUUCUGCUCCUUUCCCUCAUUGGGUUCUGCUGGGCUCAAUAUGACCCACACACUACGGACGGGAGGACUGCUAUCGUCCACCUGUUCGAGUGGCGCUGGGCUGACAUUGCCAAGGAAUGUGAGCGAUACUUAGCACCUAAGGGAUUUGGAGGGGUGCAGGUCUCUCCACCCAAUGAAAAUAUUAUAAUUAAUAACCCAUCAAGGCCUUGGUGGGAAAGAUAUCAACCAAUCAGCUACAAAAUUUGCACAAGGUCUGGAAAUGAAAAUGAUUUCAAAGACAUGGUGACAAGGUGCAACAAUGUUGGUGUCCGGAUUUAUGUGGAUGCUGUCAUUAAUCACAUGUGUGGCUCGGGCAAUAGUGCAGGAACACACAGUACCUGUGGAAGUUACUUCAAUCCUAAUAACAGGGAAUUCUCAGCAGUUCCAUACUCUGCUUGGGAUUUUAACGAUAAUAAAUGUAAUGGAGAAAUUAAUAACUACAAUGAUGCCAAUCAGGUCAGAAACUGUCGUCUGUCUGGCCUUCUGGAUCUUGCACUCGAUAAAGAUUAUGUUCGUACCAAGGUGGCUGAUUACAUGAACCAUCUCAUUGACAUUGGUGUAGCGGGGUUCAGACUUGACGCUGCUAAACACAUGUGGCCUGGAGACAUAAAGGCAGUUUUGGACAAACUUCAUAAUCUAAAUACAAAAUGGUUCUCCCAAGGAAGCAGGCCUUUCAUUUUCCAAGAGGUCAUUGACCUUGGUGGUGAGGCAAUUAAAGGUAGUGAGUACUUUGGAAAUGGCCGCGUGACAGAAUUCAAGUAUGGUGCAAAACUUGGCACAGUUAUUCGCAAAUGGAAUGGAGAGAAGAUGUCUUACUUAAAGAACUGGGGAGAAGGUUGGGGUUUUGUGCCUACUGACAGAGCCCUUGUGUUUGUGGACAACCAUGACAAUCAGCGAGGACAUGGUGCUGGAGGAGCAUCCAUCCUGACUUUCUGGGAUGCUAGAAUGUAUAAAAUGGCAGUUGGAUUUAUGUUGGCUCAUCCUUAUGGAUUCACGAGAGUAAUGUCAAGUUACCGAUGGGCAAGAAAUUUCCAGAAUGGAAAAGAUGUGAAUGACUGGAUUGGACCACCUAAUAACAAUGGAGUAACAAAAGAAGUGACCAUUAAUGCAGACACCACUUGUGGCAAUGACUGGGUUUGUGAACAUAGAUGGCGUCAAAUCAGGAACAUGGUUGCCUUCAGGAAUGUAGUCAAUGGUCAGCCUUUUUCAAACUGGUGGGAUAAUGGCAGCAACCAAGUGGCUUUUGGCAGAGGAAACAGAGGAUUCAUUGUCUUUAAUAAUGAUGACUGGGCUUUGUCAAGCACUCUACAGACUGGUCUUCCUGCCGGCACAUAUUGUGAUGUCAUUUCUGGAGACAAAGUCAAUGGCAAUUGCACUGGACUUAAAGUAAAUGUUGGCAGUGAUGGCAAAGCUCACUUUUCUAUUAGUAACUCUGCCGAAGACCCAUUCAUUGCAAUCCAUGCUGACUCAAAGUUGUAA